GCCAUAUCCCAAACUCCCAAGCUCUCAGCAACCAGCACCAGUGCCCCCCGGGGACCAACAAAGAGCGCAAAAGCACGCAGAUCUAGGGCCUAUCAAGCACAGUAACCAUUGCCUAUUGCCAUUCAAUCCCAGCCACAAAUACCGCAGGCGAGCCGGAGGCCACAUAAUCAGCACGGUUCCUGUAACCCAUCACCCCCCCCCCUUUCUCCUUACGGAAUAUUAGACCGCCAUUCAUCUACAUUGCCAUCUCAGGCGAGACCGAAAAUGUCCACCGAGGAUGCUACUAAUGCCAAUCCGGCCCCCAGUAAAGGCCGAUCGAAGCAUCCAAGCCUUCUCGCGUGCAUUCCAUGCAGGAAGAGCCAUCUCAAAUGUGAUGGCAAGAAGCCGCUAUGCAGCAGGUGCUCCGAGAAAAACGGGGACUGUAUCUGGAUUAAUUCCCGAAGAGGAUACCGAGAAUAUCGCAAAAACCAAUCAAGUCCUGAAGACAAGACUGACCAGAGGCCGAACAAUGAUACCAUCUUCCACGAAUCCAAGCCGGACGUGUCUCAGGAGGCCUAUCCUGUCUUUAACGAGGCUGAUACUACCAAGCUGAGAGCUAUGACCUACGCCGAACUCUUUCAGCCCACCAUGGAUCCAGCCUUCCCAGCUCUUCCUCUCGAGUUGCAAACCGUACCAUCCGCCAAAGAACAGCUGCCAAGUCCCAGCAACAGCGAUUCCACCAUGUCCAUCUCGAGAGAGAUGCUACCUAUUCCCGGCGACCGGGCCUUGAUAGAGAGCACCGACUUGAUCGAUCUGUUCUACAGGCAUUUCUAUCCUUCCCACCCCUUCAUCGUGCCGCGCAAGCUCUAUCUCCAGAAUCCUGCCAUCCUGCCUGCACCGCUCAAGGCAUGCAUGCGAUGGCUGGCAAGCCAUUACAUCCCUCAAGCCAACCACACCGCGCUGGAGAAUGCUGCAAAGGCCAUCUUCUCGCCCGAAGUGCCUGACGAUGGCUUCAAGGUGCAAGGCCUCCUUAUCUACGCCAUGACCUGCUUCGCUCGAUUCGGCCAAGGAGAAGGAUCCAUGGCCCUGGACAAAGCCAUCGAGAUCACACUCCGCAUCGGUCUCAACCGGCAGAGCUAUGCUUUACAGCAGUCACCCAACGACUCAACAAUGCAAGAGUCAUGGCGCAGAACAUGGUGGACACUUCUUUUGAUCGAAGGCUUGGUCGUGGUCAUUGGGGGUCAAUCAUCCCCCUUCCGACUGUACUCGACCUACACGGAUGUGGCUCUACCUGGCCACGAUGAAGACUACAACGAACUUCGAUCGCCUCCGAUCACUCGCACAAUUGCAGACCUCCGAAACAGGACCUUUUCAGAAGACACUUUCGAAUACUCGUCUUUUGCCUACUGCAUUGAAGCGGCGUAUAUCCUCGGCUCUGUGCUUGCUUUGAGCCCAGACACAUUUGCGGUGACAGAUCCUCAAGUAGAAGGGAUCGAUGCUGCCAUUUCGAACCUCUUACUAUCACUCCCCAUGGACAAGCGAGAAGUGGUCCGUAACGAUGGAACCAUUGACGAAUGCCUUCUCAUCGCCCAUCUGGUCAUUCACUGGGCUGCCAUCUGCCUGCACCGUCCACGCUCGACCUUGACCUUCAUUCGUAACCACUAUCGCACGACAUGUACAAAAGCAGAGGCUGCUGGUCUCCCUGCACUGGCUUACACCUCCCAUACAGCCAAAGCUUUGCGAGCAGCCAAUGCCAUCACCAAUCUGGCGUCCAUCCAGACAGAUGUCAAGAUGUGCUCGCCGGUGCUGAUGUGCGGCUUGACCACUGCUGCAACAGUACACUUGCCGGCAUAUGCCAUCGUGGAUACUCCAGACCAAGCUGUGGCAAUCAAGGAACGGCUUCAACUCAGCAUUUCGGCCCUUGGCUCAUUCGGUGAGGUUUGGCCACGGGCCACCAUUGCCAAAGGACAGGUGGCAAAAUUUGCCCGCGAGGUCUUGACAAAGCCGAACGUUUACGUCGACAGCACAGUUCCUGGGAUGAUCCCACGUGUGUCGGAACCUGUUCCUCAGCUAGAGUACCAGAUGCCCUUCAACAACGAAUCGUGGAUGGACAACCUGAUCCAAGCGGAACAAGACAUUGAGGCCCCGUCAUGUCCCGUUUUUGACACCUUCGCUAUGGCUCAAACUCAAGGUCCCUGAGCGCAACUUCAGAGUAUAUUGUGUGUAUAUAGUUUUAUUGCUUUCUAUAUUGGGUCUAUUUGGAGGGAAACCCAUCAAGUUUUCUUUCUUGGAGCAGGCAUGCUCCGUCCUUGAAACCGGGCUCAAUGACCACUGCCCCAAGAUUCAGCAACAUUGACGGUGAGGAUUGGAAUAAUGGGAUGCUGGAUAUGAGCCAGGCGGAGGAGUUUGUUGGGUAUUUGGGCGGUUCACGAAUUACGACCACUUCUUCAGAUUUAUCCUUCUUUACAUGAUCAUUUAUAUAUCAGGGGAUAGAACAUGACAGCCAGAAU